AUGCUCACGCCUGUAUUGAGGCACGAGCAUUCGGUGAAAAAAGCGUCUACAAAGGGUAAGGAACGUGAGAUGGAUAAGGAUGAGCCCUUUGCUCCUCCCCCUGUUAUCAACUUAACGCCGAGUCGCAUGGCUGAGACUCCUUCUCCGGUAACUCCCCGUUCACCUUCAGGCCCAGCUCCUAAGAUUUCUUCCCCUACUCGCCAUAAGAAGUCAAGCAGUGAUGUUGGGACUAUCCCUCAGGCACCCUCUUCGCCAACCGAGGUUGACGAUGAUUUGAUGGACGCCAUCAGGCUCGUUACUUCCUUUGAUCAAUCACGGGAUUCCUCACAGUCGCCUACACAACCGUCCCAACAAGUGCCUUCCCUGAAUACUUCACCACCUGUCGAACGUAUGUCAGGUGUUGAUGACAAGCCAGAAUCUCCCCGUGACGACCGCAUCGUGCCAACGCCUGUUCGAGAGUAUAAACCACCAGCUUCUUUCAGCGUCACAUCACGCCCUCCGCGUCGAUAUACCACUGAUCUCUCUCAGGCAGUAUCACCAGUUUCGCCGACAACGAUCUCCGCCGUCUCCAAAAGGUCUCCUUCGCCACAACGAUCUUCUUCUCCUAUCAGACCUUCACCCGCUCCUCGUUCUCGUGCAGGCAUCCUAGCUCAGCAGCACAAUGUACUAUCAACUGACAAGUCAGAUGUUUCAUCCGUCGUCUCAACCUCUCGGUCCUCACACUCGUCUCGUGUCCCACCUGUCCCUCUCAUCACCGCUGUGCCCGAUUCACCUUCCGUGAAAGCAAGUUGGGAGUCUUCAAAGGACUUAUACAAGACACGACCCCCUUCGACGGCAAGUGGGAUGGAUAGCAGAAUGUCUCGACCGCCGUCAGGCAUGCUUGUCUCCCCUUCCUCAAGGCCUAGCGUGCCCGCAGCGCCACAGUUGUCCAGGUCGCAAUUGCAGUCACUCAUGCCCUCCCGCCCCUUCGCCAGUAAUAGUUCUUCACGAGGCAAGAGCCCCGCUGGCAGCUCAACAGGUGACUCUAGCAGUGGUCUUGGUGCGCCGUUCACUCCUCAUGAUGGUAGUGACAUCGGGGUGAACACUGGGCGGAGGGACGAAAGCGAUGCAGACUUAACGCUUAAGGCGCGCGGGGCGAAUGCCAAGCGUUCAACUGUAAGCUUUGAGGAUGGUCCACCGCGUGGCCGUGAGAGAGUAAAGAAUGAUGCUGAUGAUGCGGAGAAGCGGAAUGAAAGGAGACGGAGUGAAGCGAGGUCUGCUAUUGAGUUUGGGAAAAUCGUCAAUGGUCGUGGACCCAUUGUGCAUAAUGGUUCUGACGAAGAUCUCCUGCCUCAGCAUGGACAGCGGAUGAGCAUUAAUCCUAUGAUGGGUAUGGAUGGCACGAUGGCUGGGAUGAAUGCUCCUGCAUGGGGGGCGUGGCAGCAGCCCAUGCCGAAUGGUAUGGGACCUAUUGCUCCUCAGUUCAGCCCCGACCAGAGCUUCUUCGUUGCUCACCAGCGCGCAAUGAUGAUCGCGAAGCAAGCAUACCAAAUGGCAGUGGCUCAACAUGCAAUGGUGUUAGCCGGAGACGAGUGGGAACGAGGGUCCAAUAUCGGCGGUGGGUCUGUGUAUGGAGGCGGUGGAGGUAGCGUGUACAGUGGGAUGGGAGGAGGCGGGGGCGGUAUGAGCAUGAUGAGCGUCCCUGGGAUGAGCAUGCCUGGUAUGAUGCCGAACCAGUGGUCCACGGGCUCCGUCAUGUUCCCUGGCCAGAUCAACAGUACACAGAGUGAGUUCGGAGGAGGGUCGAGGAGUGUGUACGGGGAAUCGUUUGGCCCAUCAAUGAACUCCCGUUCGAGCUACGUGUCGGCUGGGCACGGUGCCCCGAACAGCGCUGCGAGUGCCUAUGGAGGAGGCCCCAGACAACGCGCCAAGACCGGUGCUUCUCAACCGUCGAAUUUGCAGCCACAGAUGCCCGGUAGGAAUCCCGGACGAAAGGUUGCUCCCCCAUCGAGCUGGAAGAACGCCCGAUAACAUGCCGUACGAUGAUUUUAUGACUUUCAUCCAUUUUUUGAUUUUUACUUGCAUAUUUAUUGAGACGUUCUACUGAGUCGCUCUUUGGUACUCUGACUUUUUUUUUUUAAUUCCACGAUAGCGCUCAUUUUUUUUCUUUGUUGGUUGAAGACGCUGACGCAUAUGCUUGCAUACAGUAGAAUUGUUGGAUUUUGCAUUAGUCUUUUCGAUUCAAUUUUCGACCUUCUUUUUAUCAUCAUCAUUUGCAUUGACAUUGAACUAGCAUAUACCACGAUUAUAACUUCUGCGGGGACACUUACGCAUAGUCAAUCUCAUCUGCUUGCAUUGUCAUCAUUAAUGUUUGGGGCUGAAUUCGAAUCUCACAUCUGAUGUGUCACGGCCUUGACC